AUGAACAACAUGAACAAGGACUACUUGAUAUUGUUUCAGCUUGACAACAGCUUCUUUAUCAAAGCUCCUGCUCGCGCGCACAGGCACAGACCUGCUCCGUUUGAUUCAGACAACAUCUACAAUGGGCUUAACUCGUGGGUGGCAUCCCUGCCAGUGAAUCGAAUCGAUUACAGCAAGUUUGCGAAGGUUAGUUAUAUGUCAACGAAGGGAUCGCCGCUACUGACCAGAAACAACCUCGAUGAGUCAGACCCAAACUCUUGGCACAGCAGCCCUUACCCUAUCAUCCCUAAGCAAUCGAGGGAAGAGGAGUGGGAGGUUAGGGUGAAGCUGGAGUCGUCGGACAGCGACAACAUGCCUUGGCUGAUCCUCGAGGGUCAGAAGAUUGAGCUGCCCACCAACGCAUCCAACAUCACCAAGCACUUCAUGGGAGGAAGGAUCUCCAUCCGCCUGCAGAAGAGCAGCUGGGGCGGCCCUUUCGUCCAAAUGAUGAGCAAGAACGCUGCCUCACAAUAUCAGCGCGUGUUCAAGCAGUACGACAGCCAGGGCAACGGCACGAUAGACGCAGCGGACAUCGGGCACGCGCUGAAGCAGCUGGGUCUAUCGCUAGAGAUGGAGGAAGUUUUCGAACUCAUCAACCGCUACGUUGAUGCCUCGGGUGAAAUGAGUUUCAACCAAUUCUGUGAGAUGAUCGAAGCCGAGAAUCACUCCAGGAGCGCCUGGUUCAUCUCCGCUAUCUGUGUGAUUUUGCCGGAGCAAGACUUCACGUACGAGACGAUCCUUUACAGAGCUGAGAUGAUGGAGGAGGAGGUAGAGGUGAUGGUCUCUCAGGUGUAUGACGAUCUUGAGCUGGAAUCUAACCCCUUCACUUCACAUCAACUCGAAGCUGCUCUUGGCUUCCUGGGGAUUGUGCAGAAUAUUGACGAUAUGGAUAAGGCCAUGUCAAAAGUGCCGAAGGACCGAAUGAUGUCGAAAGAAGAUUUCACGAAGAUUAUCAGAUCUUUGAGGAGGAAAAGCGUCCCGAGUGAAUCAACCUCCUCUCAGAACCUGAUGUCAUCGAAGAGGGGAGUAGAUGCGAAGUUGUAUCGGCUCAAAGGAAACAAGUUGAGCAUCCGAUCUUUCCCUCUUCCCGUGUCUCACAAGUCCUUGAACGCUGGAGACAUCUUUCUACUCGACAGCUGGAACACUCUCUUCCUCUGGAAGGGCGAGGACGCUUACAAGCAUGAGUGGAACGCGUGCAAGACGUACAUCAAAAAGUUGUACGUGGACAGGAUGGAGACGAACGUGGUCAAGUGCAAGCUGACGAUCCUGGAGCAACAUCAGGAGUCUGAGGAGUUCUGGUCGUUGAUGGGAGGGAAGGGACCCGUCGCUCCCGUCAGUGACGUCGUUGCCGACGAGAUCUGCAAGGUUGUCCACGAGCCCGCUGAGCCCAUUCCCGACCGCGAGGACUACUCUCCCAGAUGCGCCGUCAUCGGGGCAGGCAUGGCUGGGGCGAUCUGUGCUAAGACCAUCCGUGAGCAGUAUCGGAUCGAAGUCGUUGUGUUCGACUCGGACCUGAGGGCCGGGGGGCGUCUGGGAGCGUUGGAGAGGAACGGCAUCACCUACUCGUCCGGCGCUCCUUACUUUUGCUUCAACGGCCCGUACAUGAGGCAGAUGUUCGCCGGACUAGCAGAGGAGGCGAUCAUCGCAGAGUGGAACCCCCGGGUAGGGAUAUUGAGCAAGGCGUCGGAGACAGAUGGCAACAGCAUGGGCUUCGCAGCCACGCUCAAUUUGAUCGAAGGAGAGAGGAACAUCGAGUCGAUCUUGAUUCACCGGCACUUGACUACAGACAGCAACGCCAGCAAGCAAUCCUCCUCCAACAUGCGCAGCGUCACUUUAGACCCUCACUCUCAUCUGCAAGCCUCUGACCUGCCGCUUCCUCAUCUUCCGCAUCGAAAAAGUCACUGUCACAGCAGCGGCCGAGGACAUGGGGCUUCACCCUGGUUGAUAUCAAAGCCUGACAUGUCCGCGAUCGCAAGAAAGUUUCUUGCUAAGGUGGACACAAGGCUUGGCUUGAGGGUGCAGGCAGUACUGCCCAUGGCUGGGACUGGAAAGUACGAGGUCUUGACGGAGAACAUUGAGCAGCAGGUCAGGUCGCAAGGCUUGUUCGAUUUCGUUCUGUUCUGCGUUCCUCCCAAGGAUGCUGAUCAGCUUCUUUCCGAUUGUCAGCCUAAGUUGGCGAGCAUCCCGCGCUUGAUCAAGUUCAAGCCCGUCUGGGUUGUGCUCGUCACCUUCAGCCAUCCGGUCUACUCGCCCUACGACGCCUACUUCGUUGAGGAAGGUGCCUUCCCGCCCCUCCAGAGCGCCUACCGCGAGUCAUCCAAGUUCACCUCCUACGACCCCAUGAAUUCUGUGACCGAUUGGCUGCGAGCUGAGAAACCUGAGGCCGUUCAGGGGCCCAUCUGGGGAGGAAGCCCUCGCACUGAGCAUCACAGAAACGCUCCCAGCGUGGGGCCGCAGGGAACGCCAGUGGACACCUGGACGCUUCACCUCACCGCGACUUGGUCGGAGGAGAACAGAGGCGAGCUCGCCCCGGUCGUCUGUCAGCUAGCGAUCAAGAAGUUCCUGCACGCGUUGGGGAUGGUCAACUCGCAGAUACACGUCCUCAUGUCGCAGGCAAUACUGUGGGAGGAGGGAAACAUCGACCAGCCCGCGAGCGCCUACUGGAUCUCAGAGCACUCCGACCCCUCCUUCGGCCCCUUCUGCGCCUUCGACCCUGCUACAGGCAUCGGCAUCGCAGGCGACUGGUUCGUUGAAACCAGCGUGGAGGGCGCCUUGGUCAGCGGGUACGAGCUGGCGGGGCAUGUGGGGAGAUCGCCGAUCAUGUACAACGAGGGACACGCGAACCCUCACGGCCGCGUGCAGCACGAGGUAGCUCGAAGUUUUGCGCACAGGCAGCGGGAUGCUGACGUCAUCAGCACCUACUCGUCUGACUCUCGUCCUGCCUCCGCCAUCGGCUCGGACUGGGAGGGGAUGACGUGGGACGAGUACGUGGAGCUGCAGGAUAUCAAGGCGCAUCACGAGAAACGAGACGUCGCACCCCUCGAGCUGAUCCGCAAGAGCUCCCAGUGCCAACACGAUGGUUGCCGCAAGUGGUUGCCUGCCAGCGACGUCGAGCAGCACCAGCUGACGUGUCCUUUCCGCGCUUGUCGAUCUUGUCCGUUCGAAGGAUGCGACCUUUGGUUUGACGUCCAGCACAUUGAGGAGCACAAGAUGUCCUGCUCGUUCGGCGUGUACGCGGAGUGCGACUGGUGCUACAAGAAACUCCCGAGGAUAGAGCUAAAAGCGCACCGAAACUCAUGCCUGGCCAAGCCCACGGGAAAGGGGAAGAUGGUCAAGCACAUUCAGGCGAUUCAGAAGAUACGGGGAGGCAGGUAG